CUCCCAUUUGGUUCAAUUGCUUCCGCCGCCUCUGCCGUGGCUCCGGACCUUAUCUAAUCUCUCGAUCAGCGACAUGACUCUAGCCCCUCCUCACGGAUGCUAAAUUCGCUACUCAUCCCUUACCCUCUCCCGUCACCACCCCCUUCCCCCUCCAUCAUGAAGGUUAUCGUCAUCGGCGCAGGUAUCGGGGGACUUGCGGCUUCCAUCGCACUUCAGCAAGACGGCCACGAGACCGUGGUGUACGAGCGCGUUACCGAGCUGCGGCCAGUAGGCGCUGCAAUCUCGGUUUGGUCGAACGGUGUGAAGGUGCUGGCAAAGUAUGGCCUGCUCGACCGCGUCAAGCGGGUCUCGGGGCUGAUGGAGCGCAUGGCCUAUCGGCAAUGGGACAAUGGGGACGUCUACUGCGACUUUGAUCUCAAUCCCCUCUACGAGGAGGCGAAGAUGCGCGCCUACCCCAUCGCGCGAUCCGAGCUGCAGGCGAUGCUAUUGGACGCCAACAAGCCCGCGCCGGUGCACCUCGCGAAGGCCGCCGUUUCGUACGAAACGACCCCGGACGGCGUGAGGGUCCACUUCCACGACGGGACGUCUGACACGGGCGACUUUCUCGUCAUCUCGGACGGCACGCACUCGAAGCUGCGCAACCAGAUUGCAGGUACCAGCAUCGUGCGCGACUACGUCGGAUACGUCAACUUCAACGGGGCGAUUGAGAAGGCGAAGCUCGGUCACCUCCUACCCGCUGAUACCUGGACCCAAUUUGUCGGCGAAGGCAAGCGCGUGUCCUUCAUGCCCAUGUCCGACACCCAUUUCUACUUCUUCCUCGAUGUAACUACACCCCCUGGCACCACCCCCACGGACCCCGCGCAAUUCAAGCCCUACCUCGCCGAGUACUUCAAUGGCUGGGCACAGGCCGUACAGACGCUCAUCACCGAGAUGGACGUGAGCCGCGUGGCGCGCGUGGAGAUCCACGACACGCAGAGGCUGCCGACGCUAGUGGAUCGGGAGGGCGGGAGGGCGUUGCUCAUCGGUGAUGCGGCACACGCGACGUGCCCGGAUAUUGGGCAGGGAGGGUGUCAGGCAUUGGAGGACACCUUUGUUGUGCAGCGAUUGCUAAGGAAGCAUGGUAUCACUGGGACCGCGCCGCCUCCGACGACGGAGCAGCUCCGCAAGGUGCUUGACGACUACGACGCAGCGCGUGGGGAUAGGACAGCUAUCCUGGUUCAGCGCGCGCGCCAGCGAUCGAAUAUCACGCACCGCCUCGGGGAUCCGAAAGAAACGGAUGAGUGGUAUGAGGAGUUGAAGCGGGAAGAUGGGAAGGGGAUUAUUAAUGGGAUUCUGAAGACAGUCUUUAGCGCGCCGAAGGAGUUGGAUGAUUCACUCCGUUCACCAUCGAGCCUCGUCUUUACCACUCCAGCAAAGAUCCUUCGUCUUCCUCGCGUCGCAGCUUACUCGUGGCAAAGCCCGUACUCCUCCUCGAUAGCCGCCGCCACCGCCCUUCAAGCCAACUCGCCACUCACCGCGAUGUCUGCGUAUUCGGACUUCAUCAUCCCCUGCUCGACAAAGGAGUUCUACGGGUUGUACUUGCGAGGAUGGGUACGUGUGCCCGACGAUGUCAUUGACCGCGUCCUCGACUGGAUGGUCAGCGACGCGACGUGGUCGCUCGGGGGCAACGUCUUCGCCGCCUUUCCCGGCGCGCAGUGCUUUGGCAAGGACACGUCACUCGACGAGAUCUGGAACGGAAUGAAGCAGUUGUUCACCGAUAUUGUCGACGCUGCGGAGACUGUGUUGCCGGAGAACUUCAAGUCGAGCGAGAGGACUGCGGUGUUCGAGUGCAACCGGGAGAGCCAGACGUUCGCGCACAAUGAUAGGAACGGGCCAAAUCGUCUGGAUGGCUAUACCGUGUUGAAGGACAAGAGCCCGCACGAGGGGGUUGCGGGCGCGGCGAUCGACAGCGAGAUCCUCGGCAAAGACAAAAGCGAGUGGGCCUCGGACAUAGGGAUCUCGGCGUUUUGGAACGAUGGCGACGACAAAGCUGAGAAUGAGAUUCAGAGUAUCGGUGUGGCCAGCCAUAUCUUGAAUUAUGACCGCCGCCGCGUGUCCCAUGUCGCCAUAACCAUUGAGAACACGAAAGCGCGCCUCUGGUACCACAACCGAUCAUACUCCGCGGUGACGCCUACGUUCGAUAUCAACGAGAACCCCGAAGAGCUCAUUCAAUUCGUCCUCUUCGCCACCUAUGCAGACACACACCAACUCGGCCUCGAUCCCGGCAUCGCGCGCGUCGUCGACGCCAACGAGCAACUCCAAUUUCAGUACAGCAUCCGCCCGCGUCCCACCAGCGACGAGGUCGUCAUCUAUCAGACCACUGGCGUCCGCGCCGAAUGCCCGGGCGACCUUUACGACAAGAAUAUCCUCGUCUGCACAGCCAAGCCCGCAGAUCGUUUGGGCGACGGCCUCUCCAUCCGCUCCGACGAGCCAGAGUACGUCCUCCGCGACACGCACCUAACACCUACGCGGCCGAGCGAGUUGACGGUGCAGCGUGAGUUGAUGGAGGCAGUGGACCUGAUCGCGGAGAGCGACGAGGAGGUCGAGUCGAUGAGGAGGAUGCUGGUGAACAUUGUGGCGGACGUAGCGGCACCGUUCAACGUGCAACAUAGGCUACCGACGGGGACGGUCAUGAAGAAGCUGAGGCGGGAGAGGUGGUUGACGGUGUACUCGGAGCGGUGCAAGGAUUUGUACGAGGUCGAGGACCCGGUGUUGUACUUUCGGGCGCUGGCGGAGGUCAUGCGCUUCCUGCACCUUUUGUUCCGCACUGGUCGUAUCCACCACGACAUCAGCCCGGGCAAUAUCCUGGUGUAUCGGGAUCCGUUGACUCUGCAAUGGGUCGUCAAGGUUAUCGACUUUGAAUUCAUGAAGCGCUACGACGAGCAUGGUCCCUGGCAUGGGCAGACGGGCACCGACUUCUACAUGGCCAUCGAGCUUCAGCGCGGCAAGCACAUGUUCCUGCCUACCAAUGCGCCCAAGUCCCUCCUCGCAGCCAACCACUUCUGUGCCAACUUCAACCACGACAUCGAGUCCGUCCUUUGGAUGGCGCUCGAAUUCGCCCUUCAGCACGUCGACCAGCGCGUCGUCUCCAACUACGAGCGCGGCCAUGGGCCCGCCAACAAGCUGAAGGCGCAGUCUAACCUCAGCGAGAAGGUCUUCGUCGAGGUGGCCACGGGCUCUGACUUGCGCCGGAGGCUGAUGCUGGGCGGCAAGUCGGAGUUGUUCACCCUGAGGAUGUUCCUUGCCAAUGCGUAUGGCCUCGACUCGCCCAUGGUGAAGCUGGUCGAUAUGAUCAGGGCCAUGGGCAAUGCGCACCGUCAUGCUCAGGCCUGGGAUAUCGACGAGGAGCUCGAGGCUGGGAAACCGAGGAACGAGGUCCGGCACAAGCGACUGGCGAAGGAGAACUUCGACGAGGACGUCUACCGCACGUUCGAGGAAGUCUUCGCUCGCAUAAGCGAGUACUAUGCGGAGAAGGAGGACCAGCUUGUGGAGCUUGACCGGGUGGACCUCGACGUGCUGAGAGGGGAGAAGGAUGGAGAGGUCAUCAAGGGCUCUGGCAAGCAGGGGGAGCCGCAGUCGGCGCCGUCAACGACUGACAGCGAGACGGAGGUCAAGCUCGAGCUCGUGGAAGAUACACCGCCGCAGGAAAUGGAGAUGAAAGCCGAGCCAGUGGAGACCGCCUUAACGGAGGAACCGGAGGUGAAGGUCGAACUCGGAACGGACAUCAUGUUGGAGGGGCCGGAUGUCAAGGUCGAGCUUGAGGAAGACACGUUGCCCGGGGAGAUAGAGGUCAAGGCAGAGCCUGAAGAGGAGCCCCUACCAAAGGCGAGGAUGGCCCCAACAGCGCUGAAGCGCCGAGCGACGGAUGAGCUGGACGAGUCGAUCGACACGAAGAGGCCGCGAGUGUCCUUGCCCAGGAUUGAGGCGCUGGACAUUCCGCUAGAAGCCUUCAGGGCUUACACGGAGGGACGAGCGAGGGAAACGCAAGUAUUCGAAGGCGGGAUGUUGCAAGGUAUCGACGGACCGGAGGCGAAUAUGUUGCUGCCGAUCGUCCGGCCUGCGAUGGGAAAGCCGCGAGUCGUAGGGUGUGCAUAG